CCGCUCCGGUAAGGGAAGAGUGGAGGGAGGGGGGGGCGGGUGAAGAAUUGUUGUGGGAGUUUAAAGGAGAAGAGUCCAGCGAGGGGAGGAGCCUAGUUUUGUUUCUUAAUUUUUUUAAAAAAAAAUCAAAGACUAAGCUGAAAGAUGGAACAGAAUAUAUCGGAGAAAAAACCAGCCAUCGCCCAGACUGCAGACUUCGAUGUAAUGGGUGCCUUAGACUGGAAAGACGGCAUUGCCACCUUGCCGGGUAGCAACAUACAAUUUCGUUUAACUGAGUUUGGGACACUGGAAAUAAUUACAGAAGUUGAAGCAAAGGCUACAAAAGCUCUCUCUGCAUCAUCAAUCAAUACCAGUUCAGCCCUUAACUUGUCUACCUCUUCUGUGCCCAACACCAUAACUGCUUGUGGUACUGAAGUGUCCAAGGACAAUAUUCCCAGAUCUGAACUCCAAACCUGUGAAAAUAACAGACACCCUGGGAAAAUGGACUGCUUUGAGAAUUCCCGUCAGGAACCUAGAGACAGAGUCUCUAAGGACAUCCCAGCUGACUUUGGGAAACAGACAAGUAGCAGCCAGAUGUAUGAAACAGACAGACCUUCCAAGCGCCUACGAAAAAAGAGGAAGUUGCUUUUGGAUUCUGAAGAUGAAGAAGAAAAUGCAGAUGAUGAUGAGGAAAAGAAUAAAUUGAAUUUGAAAAACCGCAAGAAUGCUAAACCAGUAAAGCAAGUUACUCCUGGAAAGAAGCAUGUGUGGAACUGGCUGUCAUACUUAGAAGAAGAAAAAAUGGCACCUGCUCCACUAAAACUCUUCAAAGAGUCUCAGUCCUUUCCACAAAACAAAAAUGGAUUUAAAGUUGGAAUGAAGCUAGAGGGCCUAGAUCCUGAACACCCAUCCUUAUUUUGUGUUCUUUCUGUUGCCGAGGUGCAAGGGUACAGAGUGAGAUUGCAUUUCGAUGGUUAUUCUGAGUGUUAUGACAUCUGGGUUAAUGCGGAUUCUCCAGAAAUCCACCCUGUUGGAUGGUGUGAAAAAACAGGUCACAAGCUGCUUCCUCCUAAAGGUUACAAGGAAGGGGAAUUUAAUUGGACAUCAUAUUUGAAGAACUGCAAAGCUCAAGCUGCCCCCAAAGCUCUUUUCAGAGCCCUGAGCACACCAGUCACACCUUCUGGUUUUCGAGUGGGAAUGAAGUUGGAGGCCGUAGACAAAAAGAAUCCUUCUUUAAUGUGUGUAGCAACCAUUGCAGACAUGUUGGAUAAUCGGCUGCUAAUUCAUUUUGACAACUGGGAUGAAAGUUAUGACUACUGGUGUGAUGCUAGUAGCCCUUAUAUUCGACCUGUUGGUUACUGUCAAGAAACUGGAACUCCCCUUACAACACCAGCUGAAUACAAGGAUUUCAAAAGCUUCUCAUGGGAGAAAUACUUGGAGGAAACUGGUUCUCAGGCAGCCCCAGCAAGAGCUUUUAAACUGCGCCCAGCUCAUGGAUUCCAGCCUAACAUGAAACUAGAAGCUGUAGACAAGAGAAAUCCCAUGUUAAUUAGAGUGGCAACCAUAAUUGAAAAAGAUGACCAUCGUGUCAAGAUACACUUUGAUGGCUGGGACCACAGUUUUGAUUUUUGGGUUGAUGCUGACAGUCCAGACAUUCACCCCAUGGGCUGGUGUGCAAAAACUGGACAUGCCUUGCAACUCCCACCAGGGACUGCGGACCCAUCAGGGGCAGUAGGACAGGGAUGCCCUACUCCUGGUUGUCAGGGAUUGGGUCAUGUCAGGGGACCCAGAUAUGGAACGCAUUACACGUACGUGUGCCCAAGAGUUAUGGGAUUAGUUGGCUGCCCAUAUUCUGAAAUCAAUCGCAGCAGGGAGAGUUCUUUACAAGAUCGUCUUGGUGGAGAAAAACCUUCACCCAGUGCUAUUGUUCAGAAGCCCAAGAAACCUGAGACUUCUGCAAGACUUACAGACCUUCAGGAAGACUCUCCACAGUCCAGUAGAAAAUCAUCCACACAAGAUGGGGAGAGAUCAGGACGGAGCAGUGUCCACAGUCUUUCUGAGCAGUCUGAGACCAGCCAAGAGAAGGACUCAGUGGAAGGGGAAUCGUCUGCUGUUACUAAAAUCAAAUCAAAAGGGAUUGGUUGCUCACGUAGCUAUAUACAGCUCCAGCUAGUGAAGCAGGAGGCUGAUGGAAGAGACACAGCAUUUGCUCUGCAGCAGGCCCUCCACCAGUCUGUCUUCAUGCCUUCCCUUUCUGCAAACCCUACCCACCGCCUCCAUCUCUGCUGGGAGCAACACUGCAAGCUGCUGCCGGAGGUCUCUGGCCUCACCGCCAAGAAUGUGGCCAAAUGGAGUGUUGAAGAGGUGGCUGGAUUUGUCCAGCGUCUUCCUGGUUGCAAGGAUCAGGCUGCUCUCUUCCGACAAGAGGUAAUCCAGUGCUGUCUAUGUAAUGUGAAUGGCAGGCUACAUCAUCUUGCUAUCUGUUCCAUUUGGAUAAUUUGUGGCACUUGGAGGGGGAUAUUGAAAAGAAGAAAAAUCAAAACAAUGCACCAAAAUCACUCAACCUUCUCUAGAGGAAUACAGGACACGGAGAAUAACAACCAAAAUAGAAAUACAAUGAGCCUGGCCCAUGAAAUAGUCUUGGCUGAGAUAUUAUCUUCAGAGUUACAGGAAGAAACCCGAAACUCCCAGAAACCCCAGACUUCAUCUAUGGGCUCCCAGACGGAAAACAAUGACUGCUAUCCUCAGGACUGGCUGCUCUCUAUAAAUCUGGAUCUGGCAGCUAUGAAAAAAUACUUAACAAUAACAAAUGGGCUGCUCCUGACAUUAGUGGAAAAUUAUCCCCUCCAAGCUAAAGGCUCAGAACUUCAUGGUGUUGAUCCACAAACCACCCCUCAAGAGCCAGAAUAUACAAAGCAACCAGCAACCAGCAAGUGCACACAAGGAUCAGCAGCGGAAAAUCAUCUACACCAAGGAAAGGACAUAGGGCUGUAUGUAUCUGUCCCUAAAACUGAAUUUCCUAUCGAAGUAAAUCAAAAGAAGCGAGGCAUUAGUAAGAGAUCCCAUAAGAAGAAAGCUGAAACCAAAAAGAAAAAUUUGCAAUGUGUUCCUUUACAGCGCCCAGCUCAUGGAUUCCAGCCUAACAUGAAACUAGAAGCUGUAGACAAGAGAAAUCCCAUGUUAAUUAGAGUGGCAACCAUAAUUGAAAAAGAUGACCAUCGUGUCAAGAUACACUUUGAUGGCUGGGACCACAGUUUUGAUUUUUGGGUUGAUGCUGACAGUCCAGACAUUCACCCCAUGGGCUGGUGUGCAAAAACUGGACAUGCCUUGCAACUCCCACCAGGGACUGCGGACCCAUCAGGGGCAGUAGGACAGGGAUGCCCUACUCCUGGUUGUCAGGGAUUGGGUCAUGUCAGGGGACCCAGAUAUGGAACGCAUUACACGUACGUGUGCCCAAGAGUUAUGGGAUUAGUUGGCUGCCCAUAUUCUGAAAUCAAUCGCAGCAGGGAGAGUUCUUUACAAGAUCGUCUUGGUGGAGAAAAACCUUCACCCAGUGCUAUUGUUCAGAAGCCCAAGAAACCUGAGACUUCUGCAAGACUUACAGACCUUCAGGAAGACUCUCCACAGUCCAGUAGAAAAUCAUCCACACAAGAUGGGGAGAGAUCAGGACGGAGCAGUGUCCACAGUCUUUCUGAGCAGUCUGAGACCAGCCAAGAGAAGGACUCAGUGGAAGGGGAAUCGUCUGCUGUUACUAAAAUCAAAUCAAAAGGGAUUGGUUGCUCACGUAGCUAUAUACAGCUCCAGCUAGUGAAGCAGGAGGCUGAUGGAAGAGACACAGCAUUUGCUCUGCAGCAGGCCCUCCACCAGUCUGUCUUCAUGCCUUCCCUUUCUGCAAACCCUACCCACCGCCUCCAUCUCUGCUGGGAGCAACACUGCAAGCUGCUGCCGGAGGUCUCUGGCCUCACCGCCAAGAAUGUGGCCAAAUGGAGUGUUGAAGAGGUGGCUGGAUUUGUCCAGCGUCUUCCUGGUUGCAAGGAUCAGGCUGCUCUCUUCCGACAAGAGCAGAUCGAUGGUGAAGCCUUCCUUCUCCUGAACCAGUCAGACAUUGUUAAAAUUCUGAGUAUCAAGCUGGGGCCAGCACUUAAAAUAUACAAUGCCAUCCUCAUGUUCAAGACUGCAGAAGAAGACUGAAGCAGCCCCUCCAGGACCAGUCUGAGCCAGGAGAUCAGAGCUGGGAAAGGCCUUCAAAGAACAACUCAGCAGCAGAGAUCCAUGUUACUGAAUAUUGAGCAGGUCGGGACCUUGGAAAGGCAGUGGUCUAAUUGCAUUUCAGACUCUGGAACCUGCUGAAAGGAUCCCAAAGAAGUACAAUCCCUUCUGCCACUUGGAAUGGAUUUAGUGGCUUCCCUUCUAGGAAGAGAUUAUUAAUUGUGUGUUUUUUUCUAAUUGAAUAUGGGUAUGGUUAAAGUGAUCUUUUGUGAAGAUCUUGAUGAUGCCUCCAGUUAUAAGAGGAAUCCCGGGUAUUGCUAUUGGUGGGGAGCCAAACUGACUAACCUGUUGAUAGUGCCUAAAAGAGAAUCCAAGUUAUCACUGACGUCCAUGACGACUUCUUUGUGUGCAGAACUUGGGGAUAGGCUUUAAGGGAACAAGGAAAGAGACAGAUUCUUCAAAGCACUGCUGUUGAAAUCCUCAUCAAACACCUGUGCUUUUUCCAAACUAGUUUUGAAUUUUUAUUCUCUUUCAGCUAUUCAAGCACUGGCAAUUAUUAUUUUGGUCUAGCAGGAUUUGGCAGGGAGUAAGGAGUGCCAGGAAUGAAGUCUGACUCCAUACCAUUGAUUAUCAAGCUAUUAUACCUGCACUUCAAGCUGUGCAAUUGCAGAGGUUAUGAGAUGAAAUGAAGAUAGGUCUAAUAAAGGCUAUGGGGAGAUUCCAACAAAAGAUAAGUCAAUCACUUGGGUGGAGGGCUCCCCUAAUUGAACUGUAGGAAAACCUCUGGAGAGUCAUAACGAAACUACUAGAGUAUGUUUUAAAUGUUUCCAUCUCCCUGUGGUUCAGUGCAAGGAAAGUUUAGGGAUGCCACAUCCCUCUCUGUAGUGAUCUUUCUGAGGCAAGAAUUGUUGGAAAGAAUCUGGAAUCCCCACUCUGAAGCAUUUUGUUUUGAAAGCACAGCGGGUUAAUAAACAGGAGUACCACAGGUGGUGUGGACCACUUAAGCACAAAGGAGCCAAACGUACAAGCUACUAAGGACUGCUGCCUCGCAUCCUCCAUUCAGUUCAGUAGUAGUCUUAGAUUUUAGAAUGAUAUCUGCAUGCUUUGCUGUACAGCAGACCAAUCUCUGGGAGCUUUUGUUGAAAUGCACAGGACCAUAUGGGCAGAUGAAAAAAUAAGUGGGGGGUGGGUGGGAUGCAAGGUGCCAAAAGAGAGCAAUUUUACACAGAUCUUCACUGGGGAAGGCAAAUUCUGAAAAUGAGCUCAGUUUGUCUAUGGAGACAUUGCCUUUACACCUGCAGCAGGCCAUGUAGUCCAUAUUUCUGUUUCUGUCCCCUAAUUAGCAGUCCACACUGUACAAUAAUAUUGGUAAUGUAGGCAGUCAUUCUCACUUCUUCAACCCCUGCCCCAUCAAAAUACAGUAUAACUUGGGAAGGGCACAUGCUCUAAUGUUCCUCCCUUCAGAUGUGGAAGAGCUUAUGAACCCUCUCAUAUAACUCCUCUCUCUCUCUCUUGCAUGCACAUCAAAGUUACCCCUCAUUCACUGCCCUGGUGUUUAGCAGACAAUAGAAUCCCUUGGACUAGUGUCUCAUCUAAAGCAAGCCAAGCCUUCUGUUUAUUUAAUGUGAAGCCAUUUUUAGGGUUGAUAACUGUUUAAACUUGAGGGAGUAAAAGGGAACUUCUGUAUAGCAUAGCAAGGAUACUGCUCUGUUGUUAGUGUCUUACAUCGUUGACAUGAAGAAUGUGAGCUGGCAAAGGAUGCUCUUUCUGUUGGUCAGUGGUGAUAUGUCUUUCUCUCCUUCUAACUUACCUUAUAAGCAAAUGUGUGACAUUUCUGUGAAGAAUGGUGUCAAGCUUUCCGUUACAUCCACUUCACAUACAUCUCUCUCCACUUUUGAUCUCCCAACUAUUUAAGAGUCUCUGUAACCUUCCUAAAGUCAAGAUGACAUAAGACUUGUAAAUAGUCCACAAUCCAGGCUGCUGAGUCUGAACAGUAUUUAAUAAAUCUGCAGAGGCAAUA